AUGCCCAGAAUUAUUGCUACAUAUCCAUGCACGGAGGAAAACAGAUUCAAGUGGCUUUUUGUGUCAUAUGAUUGCUCGAUACGUGGGUUCCACGUCGGAUAUAGACCUUUAAUCUUUAUCGAUGUUUACAACUUAAAUGGGCUCCGCAACAACAGCUCCUUUAUAGUUGCUUCAGCUUUGGAUGCGGAUAGCGAGAUGUAUCCUCUACCUUACGGCGUUCUCCUAUCCAUGAAUGAGGAAGAUCUUCUGUGGUUUCUAGAAAAGCUAAAGCUCGUUGUGCGGAAUCGCGAGGUCGUUGUUGUUUCUGGCAUGAGUCUCCCUUUCCUCUCCAGCUUAGACAAAAUGUUUGGCGAUGAAAACCACAGCUUUUGUUUUCAUUGCAUAAAAAAGAGUUUUAAUAAAUUUGUGGACGGAAAUACUGCCUUUAAAGUGCAGGGGAGAGGUAAAGAGAUUGCAGUUAAGUACUUGACCGACAUUGCAUAUGCACGAACACUAGAUAGUUAUAAUGAAGCUCUGGGAAAGAUCUGUUCUUUUCGAAGAGAAUUGUGCAAUUGGGUAAUAGCUAGCCAGCCGGAGCGUUGGUUUAAUGCCUUGUUCAGGAAACCUCGGUGGGACCAUCUGAAUUGUAAAUCUACGGAUUCUCUCAACUCUUUUAUAGAGGAGGAGAAAUUUGUACAUAUCCUAGAGUUGAUGGAAGCUUAUCAUGAGAAGCUUUAUAUGUUAUUACAUUUACAGAGUAACAAGCUCAAAAUCGAAGAAUGGAACCUUCCGAUCGGUCUUCCAGUUGCUGAAAAGGUUUUCGAAAACCAAAAGGUCGGUGAUCACCUAGCGGUGACGGUUCUAUCUGAUAUCGAGUUUGAAUUACGGGACCUGCAUGGCAGAGAAGAAGUUGUAAACCUCAAACUCUGGACAUGUACAUGUUUAGAGUGGCAAAUGACUGGGAUUCCGUGCAGCCAUGCAUGCAAUGUGAUUAGCAUGGCAAGUAUGAACAUCUAUCAGUAUGUUGCUAAUUGGUACAAAAGGGAGACUCAAGAACAUAUAUAUGCCGAAGUUAUGGAUAAGCUGGCAAAAUUUGAUAUACCACAUCCGGAUGAUAUUGUUUCUUCGGCUUCCUCAGGUAAUGACGUCGUGCUAUGUCCACUUUCACCUCGUGUUAAAAGACCUCCUGGUCGUCCCCGGAAAGUACCUAAAGGACUUCAAGUUGAAACUGUAAAAAGACCUAUACGGUGUUCCAAGUGUGGCGGCGUUGGACAUAAUAAAUGUACUAAAUGCAGUUCUGUAGCACAGUAA